AUGAGUAAACCAAUGAGUGUGGCUCUUUUUGGACCUACUGGACAAGGAAAGUCUACCGUUGCUAAUAUGCUGGUCCAAGGUGACAUUCAUCGAGAAAAUAAUGCGUUCGUAGUUAAAGAUGCGGCGGUUGGAAUAAGAGAUCAGACAAAUCGUGAUGUUAGCGAGACAUUUGAAGUGGUCGACAUAAUCGGAGUAUGUCAAACAAAUUUUAAAAGUACUCCACAUAAGAAGGCAGUGAAAAGUAUAAGAAACUAUUUUUCGAAAUAUAGGGGACCACUCAACUACAUAUGCUACGUUAAGAAGAAGGGGGAGUUUACCAAGGAAGAUAGCCAGUUGUUCAAGGUAUUUAAGGAGAUCUUUAAAGGAGGCGAGAGAAAUAUCAUCAUAAUCAUCACCGACUGUGAACCGGAAUGGGUCAAUGAAAACUCUAAAACCAUUGAGAAUAAUUUCGGAGAUUAUCCGACCAUUGCGGUUGAUUUUCCCACCCAAGGUCAUGAUGCUGUUGCAAAAAGAGCGAAAAAGGCCCUGUCAAACUUGAAUGACCAAAGGAGAUUGGAUUGGGCUUUGGAUGAUUUAAGCCUGCGCCACAAAGAUAUUACAAGCAUGACAUUGAGUGUUCCAACGGAAAUUCUUCAAACUAUCUUUAAAUACCUUGUUGAAGAUGAAAAUGUAGCAAAUCAUCUUAAACAUAAGGAAUUGUACAACUGUUUAUUUGUUAAUAAGUUUUGGUGCGCGAACGCGGUAUCAAUGCUAUGGAAAAAUCCCAUUAAUAAAGAGAUCCAUCCAAAAUUAUUAAUUCCAUUUUACAUAUCAUGCUUGAAUGAGGAAUCGAAAAUCAAUCUUCGAGAGUACGAAAUAAUUCCAGAGAUGACCAAAACGAUGUUCAAUUAUGCAUCAUUCUUAAAAAGUUUGGAAUUUCAUUCAUUAUAUUACAAGAUAUUAUUUUGGUGUAAUCAUACUUCGAAGGAUGGUAAUUACCUGACACCAAAGAUUUUACGGAAUCAAUUAAUAAUCUUUAGGGAAUUGUGUAAGAUGUUUAUUAGUCAAUGUCAAAACCUGAGGUAUCAAAUUAAAUUCACACAAACAUGGUUUACCGAUAAUCACUUAUCAUCUUAUCCUCAUUUACGUAUUUUAUCAGAAUUCAUCCCUUUGAAAAAUAAUAAUUUAGAAUUAUUCGAAUGUUAUACUCAUAUACCAAUUGAUAUUUAUGAUGAUUUACGCAAGGUUUUUACUUCGGUUGAUAAAUUAAAAGUCAUUUGUUCUUUAGGUGAAGAUAAUGAAGGUCUAUCUAGGUUCAUUAUGGAUUUAAAGGAAUUAAAAUAUUUGAAGAUCCAAGGAACUUUUAUGAAUUUACCUAAAACUACCGAGGCGUUGAGGAAUACUUUAAAGGUUACGAAUUAUUCUUUGAUCAAAUUGCGGAUUCAUGGUGACGUUUCGAUUCCCAUGGAAGUAUUUAAGGAUUGUAAGAAAAUUAAAACGUUAAAGAUUAUCGAAGUGGACUCGGAGAAUGGUCCAGCAUUAUUCAAGAAUAUCGCUCAAAAUUGUCCAAAUCUUAAAGAGUUAAACACCUCAGUUUUUAUAUUAUCCAUGCAAAUGAUUCCCGAGGUACUUUUAUCAUGUCAUCACUUAACUAACAUUAGGAUCAUUUUGAACACUCUUGACGGGUUAUUGGACGUAUCUCAAGAUUUAAGUGCAAUCAUACCAAGGAUUGGUAUGGUCAUUUCCUCCCCCAGAUUAAAAUCUUUCACUUUAGCUUUGUAUCAUUUAGAUUGUAAUGUAACCGUUUUUAAAGAGUUUUUUAAAUGUUUACGUCAAAAUAAUAUAAAAAACUUGGAAUUUAAUGUCUUUCAUAGAACUAGUUAUAAAUACAAAAGAGAUAUUAGAGAAAUUAUUAGAACAUAUAUUGAUUGGGGUAUUUUACAUGUGGAUUCUGCAAAGAAUUGGAUGGCAUGA